AUGGAAGGUAACACCCCUCAAAAUCGACCUGCUCAGCCGGCGCCGCAACAACAGGCUUCCUUGAUCCGCCCCGAACAAGUCCAGAGAUUGCCUCAACUUAAUUCAGCACAGAAGCAACAAUAUGAGGCGGGCGUCAAGAGAUUCUGGGAGAUCCUGAAUACCACUCCACAGGGAGAUCCAAAAUACAACGAGGCAUAUCAAGGUCUAGUGAAGACGUCAGGCCAGUUGAUGGCAGGUAUGAAACAAUGGCAACAAAAUGCGAAGCAACGAAUACAUCAACAACAGCAACAGCAACAGCAACAACAAGCUGCCAUACAACAACAGCAACCGACGCAAGCACAGGGACAAGCGCAGAAGCCUGCUCAAGCACCAGCCGCCACGGGCCAGGGCGGAAAUAGUACCAUGCAGUUCUCUCAACUGACGCCUGAAAUCCAGCGCAGAGUCAAUGAACAGCAUUUCUAUUAUCCACCAGCAAUGACCAAGGGAACCGAACCCGCUGAAGUGUGGUUGCGCGAGGCAAAGGCUCGAUUGGGACAGGCACUGCAGAGACUCCAGGUUGCCAAACAGAAGAAGGCUGAGUUUCAACGCCAGGCCCAACAACGACAGCAGCAAGGCAAUCCUUUGACGGCGCAGGAGACGGAAGUCUACAACAAUAAGAUUGCACAGUGUGACAGAGCUGUGAACGAGAGCACUUCUUUCAUGAAGAAGUUCAACGAGCAGCAAGAACAGUUCCGUGCUGCGCAGCCUCAGCAUCAAUUCACUAAGCAGGCCGUCGCUCCCGGUGAAGGCGCCGAGUCUGCCAAUGCCUCUCAGAUGCAAACUGGCGUGCAAGGACCUACGGCUCAUUCUAUCAGCAGUGCUGUUUCCGCCGCUCGGAGCCAAGCAAGCGCAGCCCAUGCCGGUAGCCCAACUGCCACCGCACCUCAAGCAGGACAGAGCAGCGGCGCCAACGCUCAGAAAACACCUGUAACUACUACUCAAACAUCGUUUCCUCCUUCUGGUCAGCCAGACAGUUCUGCAGGCCCUCGACCAGCCUCACAUUCAGGUCAACCCAUGGCACCUCAGGCGCAGCACGCGGCGCAGUCCGGCGCCCAACCUCAUCCUCUCAAUACGAGCAUCAACGGCGCGAAGACGGCUACUCCUGUCAUCACCAAGAACUUGCAAGUUGCCGAACCAAAGCCAGUCCCCAUGCCCGCUUCCCGACCGACCCUAACCGGCGGUGCUGGUGUUGGACUUCCAGGUCAACUUGCGCAGCCAGCCAUGACUGCGCUCCCUGGAUACGUUCUGGAGUCGAGUGAGGACGGACAUGUACUCUCCAAGAAAAAGCUGAAUGAGUUGGUGCGCGAAGUCUGUGGACCUGGCCCAAAUGACCAGCUUGAACCUGAAGUUGAAGAGCUCUUCCUCUCCAUCGCGGAUGAUUUUGUCGACGAAGUUGUCACCGCCGCCUGCAAGCUUGCGAAACUUCGUGGUUCAUCCAGCUUGGAAUUGCGUGACCUUCAAAUCGUCCUCGAACGUCAAUACAACAUUCGUGUUCCCGGAUUCUCGACUGACGAGAUUCGAACCGUUCGACGACCUCAACCCGCUCCAGGCUGGGCUCACAAGAUGAGUGCUGUGCAAGCUGCCAAAUUGACCGUUGGUGGAAGUGCUACUAACACGACUGGAACUGGCGGAAAGGACAACUGA